UACUUCCGGAUUUCUUGUAUGUGGUAGCUACAGAUCGCAGUAGCAGUGUAGUAGCUCCAAUAUCGAGACAAGGGUUCACGUCUGAGAAAAGACGAGCGGCAUUCCUGGACUUAUUCACGCUUGCUCCGAACCCUGCUGAAAGCGAGCCACGACCUUCCAGCGGACCACGGAUAAUAUAUAAUAAAGGGCACACCGCAGCACUUGCUUUCCCCUGUCUUCUUAACCUCUAAAUGCAGCCCUCUUCCCAGUGCCAGCCUCGAGAGCAGCCCUGGUCCUGCUGUCACGGUUGAUGCUCCUGUUGUUAUUUAGAGGGCAAAGCCUCAAAAUAACGAGCGCAAAAUAAAGAGGCUUUGGAAGAGAGACCCGACACACAGAGAGAGUAUAAGGAGAUCCGGAUAAAGCAGGAGGAAGCCUCCAGCUUUUUUGUGGAUUUAUCCUUAAACAACGAUGGAUUGGCUUAUGGGGAAGUCUAAAACGAAGCCCAAUGGUAAGAAGCCACCCACAGAGGAAAAGAAGCUCUACCUAGAGACCGAAUACACCAAAGUCAGGGUCACCGAUAUAGACCUGAAGGAGUUGGUCGUGUUACCCAGAGAAAUCGAUCUCAACGAAUGGCUAGCAAGCAAUACAACAACCUUCUUCAAUCUCAUAAACCUACAGUAUAGCACAAUCUCAGAGUUUUGUACUGGGGAGACCUGUCAGGCCAUGUCAGCAUGCAAUACACAAUACUACUGGAACGAUGAGAGGGGAAAGAAAACCAAGUGCACCGCCCCACAGUACGUCGACUUCGUCAUGAGUUUGGUGCAGAAGCUGGUAACAGACGACGACAUCUUUCCAACAAAAUAUGGGAAAGAGUUCCCCAACUCGUUCGAGUCGCUAGUGAAGAAGAUCUGUAGAUACCUGUUCCAUGUUUUGGCACACAUCUACUGGGCACACUUUAAGGAGACGGUGGCGCUGGACCUGCAGGGACACUUAAACACACUCUACGCACAUUUCAUCGUAUUUAUAAGGGAAUUCAACUUGGUGGACCCCAAGGAGACCUCCAUCAUGGACGACCUGAGUGAGGUCCUCUGUAGCAGCUCAGCUGACGCACAGAACCACGUGAAGGAGAGAUGAACCCUCCCCACUCCCUUCCUGGUGCUAUGACGAGGAAUAAAAAACAAGACAACGAUAUGGGACAGUAGUAGCUCUUUUUAAGAAAAAUAAAUUACAAAAAUCUAAACUAAGACUGAGUAAGAAAGGACUUUGGCCCAUGCAGGGAAACGCGAGUGAGUUUUCCCAAGGCAAGCCUGCUGCCCGCCGUUUCAUUAGAACGAACCACGCUUUUUUUUUUUUUUAUUCUUUUUUUUUUUUUUUUUUACUUUGGGACAUUCAUUCACUCUCCUUUUCUCACCCCUUUUCUGUGCCUCAGAUUAGGAUGGUGGUGCUGCCACUUUUUAAUGUAUUAUUGUGUAAUGUUAUAAAAAAAAAAAAAAAAAGCUUUUUAUUUGUAGUGGCUUCUGCUUAAUACCACAGAUGGAGAGGGGGUGAGUUAACAGCCCCUGGGAUGUUGCUGUUGAUUCACACUAUCUCCUCUCGCCUGUGGUAUUCAAGAAUGCAUCUGUCUGAAAGAGGUCUCCCAGUCAGGACCUGGGAGAGUUUCAGUCUAGCCUGUUGAGGUGAAUUUAACAUUUAGUCAGCUUUUUAUUUUUGUAAUUCAGUUAAAUCAGCUGGUAACCCAUUUAAUGCAGGUGGUUGAGCCCUGGCUUCAAUGAGCAGUAAGGGACAUGGUGUGUUGAGGCAGGGUUAAAUAAAUAAAUAGAAGAGCCAUUUCAAAAGCUAAAGCCCCUUUUUAAGACUGCGCGGUUGGCAGAGAAAGGGCGCUGUUUUUUUUAUGUUACUUCACCAUAGCUACUGUUUAGAAAAGAAGCAUGCAUAGGACAAAGACAAAGCGUUGUCUGCAAAUGUGUACAUGUUCCAGUGUUGAGAUUCACUGAACGGGAGGGUUGAGGACCAUUCUUAGCUUUAUGUUUAGAGUGGCAGACUGUGGCUAAGUUAAAGACCUCUGCACUUGCAGAUUGGGAUGUGUGGUCUCUGGAGGAACACAUUUAAUUGAACACACCAGGAAAAAAAAUAAGAGGGAGAAGAGAGUAAAAUAUGAAUCAUGGUUGCCGUGCCGGUUUAUUUAAUGCAGAACUUUGGCUGGCAAAAGAAGACCCCUCCCAGGACUUUUAAAUGGCUUUUUUUAUAUAACAAUAAACAUAAUAAUAGUAAAUUAUUUUUAAAAUAAGUGGAUUAUUUAAAGAGCAGGGUGAAUAAGAUUGGUCAAGACCCUAGCACAAGUGCUGCAUCACAAUAUGAUAGUUGCUGUAGUGGCAGUUCACCACUUGUGUUCUUACCUGCCGAGCCCUGACACGAGAAUACUGAAAAGGUGCAGUUGAAUAUUUUUGUAUUAUUAUUAUUUUGACAUAUGCAGGGUUUUCAGUUCUAGCUUUUAUGUUUUAUGUAUUUAAUUAAUUAUAAGUUAAAAGCAGUUUAAUAUUUUACGCUCUGUGAAUUAUAAUCUAAUAUCUAAUAAAAGAUAAAUGCAA